AGCAAGCGUAGGCUGCCUCUGCGUCUCGGCAACACGCAGUCUGUCAGCUCUCUUCCGCCUUAAUGGAACAGAUGUACUACUCUGCCUCCUAAAGGAUCCCGAGCUCUAUUGAUGAUGCUCCUCAUUACUGGAGAGAAAUGGAGGGCAAUGCUCACUGUACUCAACUGUGUCGACUUUGGAUUCCUCGGAGCUUGAAGUUGGAUUUUUUUAUAUUCCUUUCUGGACUUUGUGGGUUUUUCUAUCGUAUAUUGACAUCACCUUAUGGUCCACUCAGAAAGGUUUGACAUUUUAUAAAUGAACUAAGGAACUACAAAGCUACUUGGCACCAGGAAACACAUGGGCUUUGUGGGUUUUAAGCCAGUCACUGCUUUUCGGGGAGCUUAGCUUACUCCCCUGCUGAGCUCGGACAGAAGGAGCCAACAUCAAAAUGCACGCCUCCUCAAUAAGGUGAACAGAAGUUGCUGGAUCCCACGUGAGUUUUCAAAGCUACUUUCCCCCAACUUGUAGCAGAGUUUCAUUCCUGCCAGAGAAGGAGGGGAGUGUCUAGUCAACAUCACAAGUGGAGCCAGGGGUAAGAUGCCAGCCAUCCUUGUGGCCUCCAACAUGAAGUCAGGACUCCCCAAGCCGAUACACAGCGCUCUGCCCAUCCCUCAAGUCCCCAGCAGGCCGUCAGCUCCCACUCUGCCUGCUGCGGCUCUAAAGACCCAAAUUCCCUCUCUGAACCAGCAUUUGGGUUCAGGACCUCCACGAGGCCCUGCAACGGUCACAGAGAUCAGGAGAAACGCUCAGAUCUACACAGACUGGGCCAACCACUACCUUGCCAAGUCAGGACACAAGCGUCUGAUCAAGGACCUUCAGACGGAUGUUGCAGAUGGAGUGCUCCUCGCUGAGAUUAUACAGGUCGUAGCCAAUGAGAAGAUUGACGACAUCAAUGGCUCCCCAAAGAGCCCCUCUCAGAUGAUUGAAAACAUUGACGUCUGCCUCAGUUUCCUGGCAGCCAAAGGAGUCAACACUCAGGGAUUGUCUGCAGAGGAAAUUCGCAAUGGCAAUCUAAAAGCCAUCCUCGGCCUCUUCUUCAGCCUGUCUCGGUUUAAACAGCAGCAGCAGCAGCAGCAGCAGUCGUCCCAGAGGCACAACACCCAGCCUCGGAGCUCGCACCCUCCCUUGAGCCAGCAGAGUAGUGCCCCAGUUCAGCUCAGCCAAUCUACGCAUGGGACUCCUGCCCCCACAGCCCAGAAAGUAGCGCAGGCCGAGAUGCAGUCCAGGAUUGGCUCUCAGAGUAAACUACUCAAGUUUUCCCUUGGUCAGAAAAAGACCUCUAGACUUCCCGGUCUUUCAGCGAGGGUGUCCACUGCAGGCGGUGAUGUCCCUCCACGAGGCUCGGUCAGCGGUGUUGGGAACAGACGCAGCCAGGCCUUCAGUGACCCUAAGACCAAAGCCAGCUCACAGCUGAACAAAGAUUCCUCAGAGGGCAUGGCCUCACAGCCUUCGCUGAUAGCAAAUGAGAAUGUGGUACUGUCAUCAGUGAACGUCAGCUCCUCCGCCACCAUCCCCACCACCUCCGCCCUGAUUCUGCCCACUUCGUCAUCCUCAUUCUCACCCUCCACCGCCAUUCCCCACCCCAACAGCAACAGCAAAGCCUGGAGGAACAAGUCCAUGAGCUCCAAGCACGCCUCUCAAGCUCCCUCCUCCACUAGUAGCCCUCCAUCUGCCAUGCAAUCAACAAAACAGGAGAAUGAGACCUCCUGUAAGGCUACAUUGGCAUCUGAAGCACCUCCUAAAGUUGUCACGCAAAAGUCAAUGCUAGAGAAGCUUAAGCUCUUUAACAGUAAAGGCUCUAAAUCCUCCUCCUCCUCGUCCAAUGGAGUAAGUGCCCAGAGUGACAAUGCUGCACCCAACAUGCAGCUUGUAGCUGGGCAGGUGGAGAGAGCUGAGACUGGCUCAAACACUGAACCGCUUGAGGAAGAUGACGGCAACCUCCGCCCGGGAAUGAAUGGAACCACGAAUGGAGCUGCUCUGUCAACCGGUAUUAAUGUUGCCAAUACUGCCAGCAGCCCCAAAAUUGCCUUGAGAGGCAUCGCCCAGCGCACUUUCAGCAGAGCUCUGACUGCCAAAAAGACCUCUGCCAAAGGCCCAGAGAAAGACAAGGAGCGGGGGAAGGAAAAGGAGAAAGGGAAGGAAGUGGGGAAACAUCUCUCCAUGCAGGACAGGACAGAACUCAGGGGAGAGGACCUGAAGGAGGAAUUGGCACCUUUUGGUGGAGAUAUGGACAGCUCAAACAAAAAGACCUCAAAAAUUGCCAGCUUCAUUCCCAAAGGGGGUAAAGUUCCCAAAAAGGAGAGCUCCACCUCUGCACACAGCGGAAUACCAAAGCCAGGAGGCAAAAUUCCAGGAAUUGGGGUCAAAGCCUCUUCAGUGGGGACGAAAGAGGCUGGGGAGAGACCACGGAGCAUGAGGCUAGGCGGUGGUCUGGCCAUGCAUCGAGCUCAUUCGGAAAAGGACAGCAAAAGCGCUACCUCCAGCCUGCACACUUCAGAGGGGAAUACUGGCCCGGUGGGCAGCACAGGCAACACACAAAGCACAGCCAGCAACACAGUCAGCGUGCAGCUACCUCAGACCCAGCAGCACCACAGCCACCCCAACAUGGCCACCGUGGCACCUUUCAUGUACAGAUCCCAAACUGAUGGCGAGGGAAUUCUUAGCAGCGAUUCCAGUUCAGUAGGAAGAGGUGGGGAUGUUACCUUCAGCAAGAACAACCAGCCCUCCAUCGAGGACCUUUCAGGUGAAGACCCAGAGACAAGGCGGUUGCGGACUGUUAAAAACAUUGCAGACCUGCGGCAGAACCUGGAGGAGACCAUGUCCAGCCUGCGAGGAACUCAGGUCUCACACAGCACCUUAGAAACCACUUUUGAUGGCGCCGUCACUACAGACAUCAACAGUGGCACCAACAGCAGUGGAGGGGGGAGAAGCAUUUUAAGUCUCACCUCGACCAGGCCCUCCUUGACAUCAUGGCGAUUGGGUCAGUCCAGCCCUCGUCUUCAAGCGGGUGAUGCCCCUUCUGCGGGUAAUGGAUACGCCGGCCGCGUGGCAGGUGGCCAAGGAGGACGCUACAUGUACCCGGGGCACCUCAGACGCCAGUUGGCGGGCAGGAGCGGGGGGCCCUGCAGCGCGGACCUUGGAGACAGAACCGCCGAGGACGUAGACCUCGAUGGGCUCGCCCUCGAAGUCACUGGAUACAUGAGCGAUGGAGAUGUUCUGAGCAAGAAUGCAUCACGUACUGAUGAUGUCACCAGUGGCUACAUGACUGAUGGAGGUUUGGGUCUGUAUACACGACGCCUGAACCGGCUGCCCGACAGCAUGUCCGCCGUUCGAGAGACGUUGCAUCGAAAGGCAUCCUCUGGACAGGGAGAUGCUGACAGUUGGGAUGACAGCAGCUCGGUGAGCAGUGGAAUCAGCGACAACAUCGACACAGAUGACAUCAACACUAGCUCCUGCAUCUCUUCCUACGCCAACACACCUGCAGCACAGCGCAAGGGCCUCAGCACACAGGUAACACAGCCUGUGACAGAUGCCGAGAAGCACUCGGUGUCCACAGCCGUGCACCAGGCCUGGUCAGGAGACGAGGUGAAGAAGCCAGACGGCGGUUCGGACAGCGGGGCCAAAAUGGAGCCGGGCUCCAAGUGGAGCCGUCGAAAUCCCUCUGACAUCUCUGAUGAGUCAGACAAGGGCGGAUCGGGGAGAAAGACCCCCUCUGUGUCCCACACUGGGUCCUGGAGGAGAGGCGUGAAUACUCAGGUGGGGGUAACACCCCCCCGGACCAAAAGCACCAGCAGCACAUGCCCCACAAGCUCUGUCACCGUCAAAACCCACUCUUCAGGUAAAACAGAUGACGUCAAGGUUUCAGAAAAGGGUCGUCUCUCUCCACAUUCUAACGGCCUUAACUGCUUGGCCUCUGAUGCUGCAGAUGAAGCAAAGAAACAAUCCCUCUGUACCAGCCACACAUCGACACCCAGCUCCCUCACACACACCCUUUCAGAGCCCCAGACACAUGCUUCCCGCACACCAACAAGCACGUUUGGCUUCAAGAAACAGGGCCAUGGCAUAGUAACCAUGGUAACCGCCAGUGGGGCCACCAUUACCAGUGGCUCAGCCACGCUGGGGAAAGUUCCAAAAUCUGGGGUACGCUCACUUGUAGGAUUGAAGGCAGGUGGGCAAGAUGGUGGGGUGCUGCUAGGCCACCACGAUGAUGGCUUCCUCCCUGCAAGUGCCCGCUCCAACCUUCAGUACCGCAGCCUCCCGAGGCCCGGUCGCUCAGGAGCGGCUGCCCGCAAUGGAAACCGCUCAUCCACCAGCAGCAUUGAAGCGACUGUGCUUUCAGUCACAUCACAUGGAAAAAAUGCAAUCAGCAUCGCCAAGGCCAAUGGUUCUGGAGGUCUUCUGGCCAAUCAGACGGAUCGGGAGAAGGGCGUCUCAGAUAUUGACAACUUCAGGAGCGGAGGAUCAGCAACUGUUCCUCUCACAGGAAGACAGCAGGUUUCAUCACCAACACUACGCAGGUUGUUUGGUGGGAAGACCAACAAACAGGCUCCAGUCACCACGGCAGACAACAUGAAGAACUCCACUGUUAUCUCUAACCCCCAUGCUACCAUGAAUCAUGUGACCUCAAUGGUCGAGUCCUCUGAUGGAGGGCUGGGAGGUGUGGACAGCGAGACCAUCAGCCCUAUGUAUGGCGGCAGAGUCCCUGGGUCUGGCACGGGGACGCUGGGGAGCGAACAGGCCUCCAGUCCAGGCUCAAUCUACUCCUCUACUGGCCCCUCCAACAGUUUAACGUGGGGCACAACAUUCAGCAGCUCCUCUGCCCAGAGCAGGGAGAGCACACUGGGUGGACACGGCGGAACAGGCAGCGUGGGCUACCCCUCUGUCAGCAGCAUGCACACUAGCUCCGAGUCCAUUGACAUGAGCCUAGGCAGUGCCGGGGGAGGAGGAGGCCAUGGGACCCACAGGGAGGACACCCUGUCCGCCUUGGGACGCACUGGCAGCGUCAAGACGGGCAUGUCGGAAAGCCCCCUCUCCUCCCCCUCCGCUAGCCCUAAAUUCAGCCGAAACACUCUGCCACGGAAACAGGACAGUGGGCCACUCUGUGGCAGAAACACUCUGCCUAAGAAGGGACUCAGGUAUGGCCCGCCCCCUCAACUGCGAGGCCAUGAGGAGGGCCGCGAUUGGCUGCGUUCCUACUCCACCAGUGGGCUGCAGGAAUCAACCAGUAACUCCCCCUUUUCCCCUGGCUCCAGCCUCACCUCCCCCUCUGGCACUCGCUUCAAUUUUGGACAGCUUGCGUCAAGCCCGACUUCAACGGCUCAGAUCAACCUGACCGGCCUGCGUAACAACAGUCUGACCAACCAGGAUGUCACCUUUGACCCUUGCAGCGACAAUCGCCUGAGAAACUCUUGCAUGUCCCUCGAUGAGAAGACUCGCACCAUGAGCCGAUCAGGCUCUUUCCGGGAUGGCUUCGAGGAAGUUCAUGGCUCAUCCCUCUCUCUGGUCUCCAGCACCUCCUCGAUGUACUCCACGAAUGAGGAGAAGUCUCAGUCAGAGAUUCGCAAGUUACGCCGGGAGCUGGAUGCCUCCCAGGAGAAAGUUUCCGCCCUAACAACACAGUUGAGUGCCAACGCUCACCUGGUGGCGGCAUUUGAGCAGAGUUUGGGCAACAUGACCAUUAGGUUGAAGAGUCUCACCUUGACUGCUGAGCAAAAGGAUUCUGAGUUGAAUGAUCUGAGAAAGACGAUUGAGCUGCUGAAAAAGCAGAACGCUGUCGCUCAGGCAGCCAUCAGUGGCGUCAUAAACACCCCUGAGCUCACGCCUAAAAUGGACAGGACAGCUGGCAGUAAUGGCAGCCUUCACUACCAGCAGCAGCACCAACAGCAACACCAACCAGACCUGCGAAUCAGGAGACAACACUCUUCAGACAGUGUCAGCAGUGUGGCCAGUGCUACCAGCCAUUCCAGCGUAGGUUCCAACAUGGACGCAGAUGCUAAAAAUAAGAAGAAAAACAAGAAGAAUUGGUUGCGAAGCUCCUUCAAGCAGGCGUUCAGCAAGAAGAAAUCUCCCAAAUCAGCUUCAUCUCACUCGGACAUUGAAGAGAUGACGGAUUCUUCGCUGCCCUCCUCCCCUAAACUGCCUCACAACAGCACCACCGCUACCAACCACAUGCUCAGGAACACACACUCCAACUCGCUAUUAUCGGAGUGUUUGGACAGUGAGGCGGAGACAGUGAUGCAGUUGCGGAGCGAGCUCAGGGAGAAGGAGAUGAAACUGACAGAUAUUCGUUUGGAAGCGCUCAGCUCCGCCCAUCAGCUCGACCAGCUACGGGAGGCCAUGAACCGUAUGCAGCUGGAGAUUGAAAAGCUGAAGGUGGAGAAUGACCGCUUGAAGCUGGAGAAUCAAGGAAGCAAGACGGGGUCCCAAGCCUCCAUCUCCUCCUCGCCUCCCCAUCACACAAACAGCCAGGCCCCGGGACCCAAUGUGGGAAUCUCACAGCACACCCUGAACCUUGCCACCAGCGAGUCCACCAGUCUGGACAUGCUGUUGGAUGACACAGGUGGAGAGGGGAUUAUGAGGAAGGAGGGUCGUCGUGUAAAGAUCGUUGUCAGCCUUCACGAGGACGGUUUGUGGGGGCAGGAGGCUCAGUCUUCUAGCUUUCUGAUUGGGUGCAUCGGUGUCAGUGGUAAGACCAAAUGGGAUGUGUUGGAUGGAGUGGUCCGGCGCCUUUUCAAGGAAUAUAUCACCCAUGUGGACCCGGGAAGCCAGCUGGGCCUAAGUUCAGACAGCGUGGAGGGAUACAACAUUGGAGAAAUCCACCGGCCCCGGAGCCCCAGCGCCGCCCACACCCCCGAACUGCUACCUUGUGGCUACCUGGUGGGAGACAGCAACACCAUUAACAUCCAGCUCAAAGGCGUGAGCAGUGACAGCGUGGACUCGCUGGUGUUUGACACCCUCAUCCCAAAGCCGAUGCUGCAGCGCUACGUCUCCCUGCUGAGGGAGCACCGGCGGGUCAUCCUGUCAGGGCCCAGCGGGACAGGAAAGACAUAUCUGGCCAAUCAGCUGUCUCGACACUUGCUGCUUCUAGAGGGCCGACCUUUAACCCCUCAUGCUGUUGUCACUUUCAACGUGGACCACAAAUCCAGCAAGGAGCUUCGGCAGUAUCUGUCAGGAUUAGUUGAGCAGUGCAGCGGGGUGGUGGACGUUGAGAGCCCUCUAGUGGUCAUCCUGGACAACUUGCACCACGUCAGCUCCUUGGGCGAGAUCUUCAACGGCGUCUUCAACAGCAGCCACGAGCACAGCCCAUAUAUCAUCGGCACCAUGAGUCAAGCUACCUCAUCUGCGCCCAACUUGCAGCUUCACCACAACUUCAAGUGGGUGCUGUGCGCCAACCACACAGAGCCAGUCAAAGGCUUCCUGGGUCGCUUCCUACGGAGGAAGCUGAUUGAGAUGGAAAUCGGCAGUCGAACGCGCAACAUGGAGGUGGUGAAGAUCAUUGACUGGAUCCCGAGGGUGUGGCACCAUCUCAACCGUUUUUUGGAGACACACAGCUCCUCAGACGUGACCAUAGGUCCUCGUCUCUUCCUGUCUUGUCCUAUUGGUGUGGAGGGAUCAAGAGUUUGGUUCACUGAUCUCUGGAAUUACUCCAUCAUUCCCUACAUGCUGGAGGCUGUUCGAGAGGGAUUACAGUUGUACGGCCGGCGGGCUGCGUGGGAGGACCCGGCCACCUGGGUGACUGACACCUACCCGUGGUCGGCUACGCCCGCUCCAGCUGAUUGGCCCCCGCUGCUGCAGCUGCGCCCAGAGGACGUGGGAUUUGAUGGCUACUCGGCCCCAAGAGAAGGUGUCCGGAAAGAGCCGCCUCAGAGCGACAGUGACGCAGACCCACUGAUGAACAUGCUGAUGCGCCUGAAGGAGGCAGCGACGUCGUCGAGCCCUCCGAGCUACGACAGUGACUCCAACAGCAACAGCCACCAGGACGACAUCUUGGACUCGUCACUGGAGUCCACCCUGUGACGCCUUCCAGACGCGACGCGUGCGAUCUGUCGUCAAGACCGUCCACGCUAAUGGUCUGCUCUCACUGUGAGAAUUUGAGUCUCACAUCAUGCCACAAAAUCCAGCCACCUUAAUUUGGGUGCAGGCAACCCAAAUAUUUAUAAAAGAAACAGAUACGUUUCAGAGGACACGUUUUUGCUGCACUGUUGUUUUAUUUGUGUUUUGGUUUGUUUUUCACCACUGUGGCCCCAGGCUCCUCUGUGAAGGAGCUUAACAUCAGCGUCAGACAGAAGAAAAGCACACAGCCUGCCAAUGUUUAAGGCAUCAUUACGAUCAGCACCAGCCAUCAGUCAACUAAUACCGCCUUUCCCCCCCCCCCCAUUUGAGUCGCAUCAUAAGGCGGCAGUGCACCUAGCAGGCCUGCAGGUGGCGACACCUGCUCUGCAUCUCCUCCCAGACUGAAAAGUUUACUGGCCAGUGUGCAACUGCACUUCAAACUUGACACGAUUACACCACUUUAAAUUCAUUCAGAUUGACUAUUUUUAUGUGCAUGAUGAUGAUCUAGCAAAGAAGCCAGCAAAGACUGUAGCAGAAAAAAAAAAAAGUGCAUCUGGGGAAAAAAUACAUAUAUAAGUAAUGAGACCACAAAAAGAAGUGAAAAAGACCUAAUAUACUAAUCAUUGGACAGAACUUACAUUGAUUCCAUGUUUACUGUCAUGUCCUUCUGCAUGUUCUGUUUAAUAAUUACGCUUUUACCUCCACACAAGUUCUUGCUCUGACUCCAUAAUACCUUCACGGUCAUUCGUAGCACAAAAAUCUCUCGGUGCUGUACUAAGUUCAAACAAAAAUGCCUUACUUUUUUUUUUUUUAACAAAUGUUCUUUGAUUCUUGGUCUCAAAGGCUGUAAACACAGAGGGCUCCGAGUCGACUUUCUUUCCAAAGUGUUUGAGGAGAAGUGUCGGCAGUUCAUCGAUACCAAUACUGCGUGAAUGAAGAGAAUGAGUGAAUAAGUUGGAUUUGUUGCAUACAUGGCCCAUUGAAGAGAAGUUGGCGAAAAUACGAAAAGGCCACUAUAGUAUAUAUAGAAUAUGCUUGCUGUUCCAAGUCAAAUGUGGAGUGUUUGAGAGAAAGAAGUUAGAGGUUUGUUGUACCUUAUACCUCAUCCCAUCCUGUAACAGUCUGUGAUCACACACUGUUUUGAUUAUCUGAAAUUUUAGAGGGGAGUUUGGAAACAGUGUAUAUGCUGCUUUGUUUAUAUGUAUUAUUAUAACUGAUGUGGAGGUUAAAUGUAUUCAAAUACAUGGGGUUUAAAGAUAAUGUAAGAAGACUAUUGUAUAUUGUUUUGAAACCUCACAGCUGCCUUUGAUAGGUUGGGCGGACAAGCAGUUGAGUCAUGUAGCCCAGCACAGCUUCAAUCCAAUGUCAGUGUUUUUGUCACGGAUUCUAUGCAACAUUCAUCGGGAUCUUCAGUGGAAGCCAAAAGCUUGAAUGUGCACUGAGAGCGCGAAAGAGACGUGCAGCAUGGAAGCGCGUCACAUUCGCAUCGCGUGUGUUUGUCUGAGCCCUUGUAAGCACAAAAGACACUUGAGAGAUCUUGUUCAAGCAUUUAAGUAGUGUGUCAGUUGUUUUUCUUCUUUUUUUUUUUCUUUUUUUUUUACUUACAAGCUCAAUGAAUGUUUAGCCUACUUUGCUAUGUAACAUACUGUAACUUUGGAAAUAGUUCAUGAUAUUUCAGCAUUUUGGACUACACUUUUCUAGCUGAUUUGUUACAGUACUUGAAAAGGAGUAUUUUGUGUACAGUCUCUUUACAUCUGAGCACGUUGGUGCUUUUUGUCAUCUCUGAGAUUCUGAUAUCACUGUUCUAGUCUUAAGUUAUUGUGGUUCAAUUAAAAAAUGAUUAUUUAUGGUUGGA